AUGGAGAACACCACCCAAGACACACUUGAAACUUCUGAUUCAAAAAUAGUACUUCAAAAAAACCUUACACUGUUCAAUUCCAUCACCUUAGUUGUCGGAUCAGUAAUUGGAUCUGGAAUCUUCAUAAGCUCGUCGAGUGUUUUAAAACAAACCGGAAGUAUAGGACUCACGUUGAUCGUUUGGAUAAACUGUGGUCUAAUUUCACUUUUUGGAUCUCUUUGCUAUGCAGAAUUAGGGACAAUGAUUCCGAGUUCUGGGGGAGAGUAUAUUUAUAUCAUGAAAGCUUUUGGUUCAUUAGCUGCAUUUGUUAGAAUUUGGAUUGAACUUGUCGUCAUUCGACCAUCUCUAAAUGCGAUAGUGGCUCUCACUUUCGGAAUAUAUCUUCUCAAGCCAAUCUACCCAGUUAUUUCCUAUAUGGCUGUUCUCAGCAAAGUUCAGAUCAUUGAAACAAACGCGAUUGCGAUUGUUAAUUACUUCAGCCUAUUUUUUAUAGCAGCUCGGCAUGAUCACAUGCCAAUGAUUAUCAAUACAGUAAACACAAAAUUUAAAACCCCGAUUGUAGCUAUGAUAAUUACUGUAUGA